UUACCUAUUUGCCUUGCACUUUGUACGUUCGAAGAAAAGGCUGAGUGUAUGAGCUUCCGUUGACCGAACGUCAUUCUUGAAUACACAAUAGUUCUAAUUGAGUCUAAUAAACGCCUUGUCAUAUAUGCGACACAUUGUGCCACGUCUCUUCUAUUCUUGUUAUAUGCAACUGUCGAAUUUUUUCUGAAAAGAAUCUAAUGAAGCUUAGAGGGUCUUCAAAUAAAUGACUGAAAUUUGCAAAAUUCUUCUUUUUCUAUCAAUUUUCUAUUCAUAUGUAUAUUAUACGUCCUUGUUUGUCUGUAAUUUAUUAUGCAACCACACCACUGUGGUAAUAUCAAUUUACCCAAGAAAUUUACCAGCUGUGUAGAAUGCAUUUUGCUCCUUGUUGGCGCCUUCGCUAUUUCUGGAUUUCCUCUUCGAGUGGGGUCGUUUUCUCAGCUGAUAUAAGGUCGUUUUUAUCGUUCGUUCUCCAUACACUGCAAACGAAUCGUGAUUGAACAUUGCAUAGAUUUUUCGAUCAUCUUCGAGUUUCUUUCAAAGUGAACAAAGCGAAGUGAAUGAUAAAAUAAGUUAGUCAUGAAAGACAAGAGCCAAAGCAUCGUUGUAUCUCAUUCCGAGAUGAAUAAUGAGUAUUCGGAUGAGAAUCCGGAAAUGAUGCCAGCUAAAUUUUCGGAGGAUUAUUCGAUAAGAACGAAGAUCGCGUGUACCAUGUGGCUGGAAAAGCAGGGGUACAAAACUAGAAGGAUGCUGGCACGUUUUCUUAGCACCAGGGAUCAGGAUCAAGCGACGAACGCGGAGGAUGUUCUCUUCGAUAUGUUUAAAAACGAAGAAACCGGUCUCCUACCGGUUGGCAAGUUUUUAGCUGCAUUGAGGACGACCGGCUUACGAAACGACGACCCGAGACUUCAAGAAUUCACGGACAAUCUGCGAAAGGAACACUUGAAGAGCGGGGGACACGAGGGGGUUUCGCACGAGACCCAAAAAUUGAACAGAGAACAAUUUAGAAGAAUCAUAAGCCCGAAUAUAGUGUUGAUUUCAAGAGCGUUCAGGCAUCAGUUCAUCAUCCCUGAUUGGUCAGGUUUCACCAAGCACAUAGAGGACUUCUAUUGGAAAUGCAAGUCCAACUCGGAGGGCAAGGUCGCCUCUUACAUACCACAACUGGCGAGAAUGAAUCCGGAUUACUGGGGCGUUUCGGUGUGCACGAUCGAUGGCCAGAGGUUCAGCAUCGGCGACACCUCGAUCCCGUUCACCUUGCAGAGUUGCAGCAAACCAUUAACUUACGCCAUAGCUCUGGACAGGCUGGGACAGGAAGUCGUCCAUCAGUACGUCGGCCAGGAACCAUCCGGGAGAAAUUUCAACGAGCUGGUGCUCGAUUACAACAAAAAGCCUCAUAAUCCGAUGAUCAAUGCGGGAGCAAUCUUAGUCUGUUCCCUCUUGAAAUCGUUGAUCAAGCCUGAGAUGACCCUCGCGGAGAAAUUCGACUUCACGAUGAAUUAUUUCAAGAGAUUAGCAGGCGGAGAGAAUCUCGGCUUCAACAACGCCGUUUUCUUGUCCGAACGAGAAGCUGCCGACAGGAAUUACGCUCUUGGUUUCUAUAUGAGGGAGCACGAUUGUUAUCCUGAUAAGUCCAAUCUCCGAGAAAUAAUGGAUUUUUAUUUCCAGUGCUGUUCUAUGGAGGCAAAUUGUGACACAAUGGCGGUGAUGGCAGCUACUUUGGCUAAUGGUGGCAUAUGUCCCAUCACAGAGGAGAAGGUUUUAAAGCCUGACAGCGUUAGAGAUGUGCUGAGUCUGAUGCACAGUUGUGGAAUGUACGAUUACAGUGGCCAGUUUGCGUUUAAGGUUGGCAUUCCGGCGAAGUCUGGCGUAUCAGGGAGCCUGCUGGUAGUCAUUCCAAACGUGAUGGGCAUUUGCACUUGGUCGCCACCGUUGGAUCCUCUCGGUAAUUCAUGUCGAGGAGUGCAAUUCUGCGAGGAACUCGUAACGGAGUUCAAUUUCCACAGCACCUACUAUGAUCACAGGUACGAUAACUUGAAGCACGCGACGAAUAAAAAGGACCCGAGGAGGCACAAGUACGAGACCAAAGGAUUGUCUAUCGUUAAUCUAUUGUUCAGCGCCGCAAGCGGGGACGUGACUGCGAUGAGGAGACAUCGAUUGAGCGGAAUGGACAUGACAUUGUCAGACUACGAUGGCAGGACAGCUUUGCAUUUGGCAGCCAGCGAAGGACACCUGGACUGUGUCGAGUUUCUACUCGAACAGUGCGGGGUGCCAGACGAACCCAAGGACAGAUGGGGAAAACGACCGAUCGACGAAGCAGAAUCUUUCGGACACAUGCAAGUGGUCGAGUACCUGAACAACUAUGCGCUGGCUCGGAAAAUGGAAACGGAGAACGAAGAGAACGAAGUUAAGGAAGAAAAUACGGAAUCGCGGGAAGUUGUGGAAACAGCGGGUCGUACUCCUCUACCUUAAAGAAAUCUUUAGAUAGGAUAAUUUUCUUCGUGAAAUUACGGACUCAAAAUGAUACCUGAUUCAGACGGUCCUGCAUGAACUGCACAAGUUACUUUAUAGCGAGGGCCAUAAAGGGCCCGCAAGAAGGUCCUGUACUGUAUACCAGGUGGUAUACAGAGCUCUGGACAGCCGAAAAAUAAUUUAAUAUUAAUAUUUUUUGAAUGACUGAGGCCUUCCAGGCUGCCAGGAACAUAUUUCUUUUCAAGAUAUGAAAUAGAUAUUUUUCACUGACUAAAGCCAUUCAGGCUUUUUUUUAUUAGUACUUUUUCGCUGACUAACCUAACCUAACCCAACCUUUUUCUAUCUAAUCGAAUCUAAAAGGAAGCUCCCGCUGAUGUGUUGAAGAAGGAAGAAUACGUUUUGAGUAAAAAGAACGUUUAAUCGUAGACAGCCCUUUUGGGCUAUGGAAUGGUAUUCGGGGUUUUAGCCCUUAUUUAAAUCGUACUGGUUAAAGGGGAAGAGGUGCCGUGACGUCUCCGUGAAUCCUUCUAAAGUCAACUGACUUUUGCACAGCCAUACUGUCGCUAUGACUCGUAUUAGAGUUUUUCAUUUCGAAAAUAGUAUGAUUCACGGAAACGCGUGUCAUCUGACAGAUUAUCGAACGGGUUAAAGUUUGUACCGUGUAAUCCGCGCAGGAGGAGCCUAGCUGGCUUCGUGCGGGCCCUUUAUGGCCCUAUAAAGUAAUUUGUGCAGUUCGAGGCCCACCAUUUAGACGAAAGGAACUCGAUAUUGCAGUUGAAUUAUUUUCUUACGAUUUCAUUUAUUUUUACGAUUUAGUAGUUAAGUGGCAGUCUAGGACUCGCUGUAACCCAUGAUAGACGAUAACUUCGUUGAAUUUCUUGAACGGAUCUCAGGGAUGCGAUUUUUUUUCUUCGUUUUAUAGAUUAUGUGGUCGUUUUCAGUUUCUUAUUUGCCUUCUGAAAAACGACGGAUUGGGGUUACAGGGUUCUAGCGAGUAAUAUACUUUACAGUAUUAUUUGCGUGAUUUAAUUUGUACCUCGUACAUUAAGUAGAAUUUUUAAUUCGUCGAAAUGUAUUAAAAUUUUUCAACCGUGGACAGCGUUCUUAUUCACUUAUGUGAUAUAUUCGUUCCUAUUUAUCUUGUAUCGGUGUAAAGUGAAAAUAGAAGAGAAAUUUUUCACUUGAUUUACCGCAAAAUUUUCUUCUAAGUGGAUAUUAAUAAUUGAACAGGAAUCUCGAACGAUCAAACGUUAUCUAUACCUUACGUAACGUUGAUCCGUUUGCGAAUUGUGUUCGUGACUCGUUGUGUUUUGCGACCUUGUUCCAUUUAGACAUAAUCUCGUUCGAAAGCAUAUUCGUGUGAACAGGAAUUGUGAAUCUUUCGAUCCGAAAUGAUCUCGCGAAACGAAUGGAAAAUCAUCGAGAAAGAGCAACCUUAUUCCGUACAAAAUAUUCCUCCGUGAAUGCUUGGCCGAUAGGAUAAGUUUAUCGAGAAAAGUUACAAAUGUAUAGUUCGUGUCUCUUACCUGAUUCUUAGCCACCUAUUGCAACAUUAACGAGUUCAGCGAAAGUCAAUUAAUUAUUAAAAAUUCACGAUCCCUUGCCUUAUAAUAUUGUAAACUUUGUUCACUUUCAAAAAUUAUAAGGCAAUGGAUCGAACGUUAAAUUUGCAAUGGGUGGUGUGUUACUAUUAUAUAAUAAUACAGAUGCAUAAUAAAAUAUUUUGCAAACGUUCAAAGACAAUAAUACGUUUACUAUAUGUGUAUACGUGAAUUCAUCGAUUCUUCGACCGAUUUAAGUUCAGGUAUCUAACAGGACAAUAAUUUUUCAUUAAUAGAACUGUUGCUACAUGAAAUCAUUUUCAUUCCGUAUUUCCUGUCUCAAAGCAUAAGAACAUGCAAUAGUGGAACGAAAUGAUAGGUUUAUUAAAUUCUAAGUUAAUUAACGUAAGAGUUACUUCGAAGAAGAAUCGCUGCAAAUAUUAAUUGUAUACAUCUCCAUCCAUGUACCUAAGUUUCAUGUGAAAUAAAUAUUUAAAGUACAUUGAA